ACAUAUCCCGCGGGUUCGAUCGGUCUAAUUCUCGAAUGGUCUCGUCUUAUUAUAGCCGCUAUGUAAACUCCGACGCCAGCAUCUGUACGCGUCAAUCUUCGUUUGGUAAUCACAAGAAACAUAUCUCUUCGCGGUUUUUCUUAAGAAUUUGUUAUUUCGUAAAGGAAUGGAGGAAUCCUCAGCGAGUCAUUAUGAUAUUCAGCAGGAUGAGAAAUAUGGACGUUAUUUGGUGGCGAACAAGGAUUUGGAGAGCGGUGAUUUAAUUUUUACGGAUACACCCUUUGCGGUGGGACCAAAACCUGGCAAUCCACCUCUCUGCCUCGGUUGCUACAACCCGGUGGAAAACAGCCUAUGUUCUCGGUGUGGGUGGCCGAUAUGCGGCGCGGAGUGCGAGGCUUCAGCCGCCCAUGCGGGGGAGUGCGAGGUCUUCGCCAAUGCGAAGGUGCGCUUCCAACCGGUAGAAGACUGGACUGCAAGCACACCACAGCUUGACUGCAUCACACCUCUAAGAAUGUUACUAGCCAAAGAAAAGGACCCUGAUCGAUGGCAUCGCGACUUGGAACCGAUGGAAACGCACACCGAAGCCAGAAAGGAGAAACCUGCCUGGGCAGCCGACCAAGUCAACAUCGCAGACUUCUUGGUAGACCACUGCAAGCUGGGAAGCAAAUAUGACAAGGACCUCGUCCAGAGAGUUUGUGGAAUUUUGGAGGUAAAUUCAGUAGAAAUCCCAUCGCGAGGCGGAUUCAGCGUACGAGCCAUCUACCCAAGACUUGCUAUAGCUGCUCACAGUUGCGUGCCCAAUAUUGUCCAUACUAUCUUCCAAGAGGAUAUGGUGAAAGUGCGAGCUACAGUUCCUAUCAAGAGCGGAUCAGCUCUCCUCCUGUGCUACACUCACGCGCUGUCUCCCACAUUGGUUCGGAGGCAGUAUCUCUUGGAAUCAAAGUUCUUCAACUGCACUUGUGCGCGAUGUGCCGACCCCACGGAAUUAGGCACGCAUCUGAGUACGCUCAAGUGUACUAAGUGCGACAAUGGCGUUAUAUUGUCUACUGAUCCAUUAGAUAACGAAGCCCAAUGGAAGUGUACGGAUAAGAACUGCGAGUUUAAAACCUCUGGAGCGGCCGUCAGCAAGAUAUUAGCGGUGGUUCAGGCAGAAAUCGACCAACUCGAUAUGAUGGAGCCGAGUCCGCAGGCCAUCGAGCAAAGAGAGGCUACAUUAAAGAAGUACAAAUCGGUGUUUCACCCUCGCCAUUCCCUCCUUCUCAACAUCAAGCAUGCGCUGGCGCAGCUCUACGGCCGCGUGGAGGGGUACUCCAUCGACGAGCUGCCCGACCUCAUGCUGGAGCGGAAGGCGGAAUUCUGCAAGCUCGUGCUGCAAACCUUGGACGUCAUCACGCCGGGCGAUAGUCGUAUGAGAGGUAUGAUGUUAUACGAACUCCAUGCCCCAAUUAUGUUCAUGGCGCGAAAUGAGUACAGUGCUGGAUUGAUCACUCCGGAGAAACUGAAGGAACGGCUGCAAGAACCUAUACAGCACCUUGCUGAUGCAGCCAGGAUCUUGAUGAGGGAAGACCCACAGAGUCCCGAGGGAAUCACAGGGCAGAUUGCUCAACAAUCUAUGGAACAACUUAAAGCUAGUCUUGAAUGCCUUUAAACCUGAUAUUGAGUGCUAGUAGUGUAGAUGAAAUUUUUAAUCAUGUUUUUGUGUCAAUAAAGAUAUAUCUACUCGUAUUUAGAAAAGACAACUGACUGAUCUCUUCGUUACUUAUAUAUAUAUUAUGUUGGAAAUAAAAUGUUACU